GAUCUUUGUCCCAAUCCCAAAAGAUACCUAGCGUUGAAGGCUUGUGGAUCACAAAAUUCAGAAACGAAGAUGAACCGGCGGUUUUUGAAUCUGGUGAUAAAGAACACUGCCGAUUGCUUUUAUUCUUUGCGCCGCAUCGAUCCUUACAAACAUUUCUUCUACGGGUCAACAAGAGCAGCACUUGAAGCCGCAGAUGAAGCCACCAAUAAGAAGGAGACUUUCCCAGCGAUGCAGACCAUGCAGCUGCCGCCCCCAUGCGCGAGCUUCACUGCAGCCACCGCCGGCGGCAACAUGGCUAUGUUCGCGCUCUUGAGCCCCCGCGGCACCAGCGAAGGCAGAAUGGUUUAUGCCGAUUCGGAGGGCGAGGCUGGGCUGUACGACGCCGACAAGAAUUCCCACAACAUCCUGGGCCGCCUCAACGAGCCCAAGGGGAUGGACCCCGUGUGCCUGUCCGUCGUGCACCCUGGUGACCCGGGCCAAAGCAUCAUGUACGUCUUGGACAGCUGCCCCCAGGAGAGCCACCCCGGGAGCGGCAUUGAUCGGUGCUUCGAGGUCCUCGAGUCCGUGCCCACGGCAGCUGCUGCAUUGUGCAGCGACGGCAAGUCGACCUGGUGGCGUUGGCGGCUUCUUCCAUCGCCUCCAUUUGUCCUCGAAGAUGGGUACAUAAGCACCACCAUUACCUCCUAUGCCACCAAGGUUGAUGGCAAUGGCUAUUCCACCAUCUACAUAUCAGCCGGCGGCAUCGGCACCUACAGCUUCGAGACGGCGCGCCUUGACUCUAGCCAUCGUCAAGGAUGGAGGCGCACGGAGAAAUGGAGUCGUGUUGGGGAAUGGCAGCUGCCCGUAACUGGCAGUGCUCACUACGUCCCUGAUUUCAACCAAUGGCUUGGCUUCUUAGACUCCACACCCCACCACCUGUGUGCUGUGAACCUCUCUGCCAUGGACCAUGAGCGACCACCCACGGUGCAGCAAGUUUGGGAAGAUGUGAGCCCACCUGAGGGAGAGGAGUGGCUCGUAGCAAAUAUCAACCUUGUCAACCUGGGCGGCGGCAAGUUUCUCAUCGCCAAGACCUUUGAGGAAGGGCCAUACAGUCACCAGUUUACUCUGCUCACCAGCAUAGAGAUGAUUAUGGCUGGUGACAAGAGCCUAAAGAUGGUUAAGCACAAGUGCGCACGUUUUGACUUACACAAGGAAAGCAUCCACUGGGUUCUCUGAAUGAAUAACAGCAUCCAGUUGGUCCUCCGAAUGAACAAUAAUCUUGCAUCCACAUUUGUAAUGUGGCCAUCAAUUACCUUCCUAGUAGGUGAUCGAUUUGCAUAAUUAAGGGCUUGUGUGUUCAGUCCAUGUGGUAUGAGAUGGUUUCUCACUUAAUUCUAGCAUGUUUGCUUAAAACAAUGUAUCAUGUUCAGUAACAAUGUGUUCAAUAUACAAUGUGUCAUGUUCAAUAGUAUAAUUUAU